UUGAUGUUGUGCACGGACUCGAAUGUGAAAUUGUGAACUUGCGAGGACGAUAACAAAAUUCGCCUCUCGGUACCUCUGCGGCCCUCAUCUUGCCGAAUUUGCGCCGACGGAGGAUUUCGCUGACCUGCCGAGGACCUCAAAUGGAUCAGGGACUAUCGCCGUGCCCCCAAGGGGCGUUAUGCAUAAAGGACGUGUCGAUCCAGGUGCCUCCGACGGUGAGCGUGGGCACGGACGUCUACCUGCGUUGCCUCUACGACCUCGAGGGCGACAACCUCUACAUGCUCAAGUGGUACUGCGGCAAGGAGGAGUUUUACAGAUUCGUCCCAAAAGAACUGCCUCCCACCCGCGUCUUUCCCUUGCCCGGAUUCAACGUGGACAUGGACAAAUCCGACACGCACUUGGUCGUCCUGCGCUCGGUCACACUCGAGAUGAGCGGUCGCUACAGGUGUGAGGUGUCCGCCGACGCGCCCACCUUCCACACGGCCAUGGUGGCCAGAUGGAUGCACGUCGUGGAGUUUCCCGAGGGUCGGCCCGAGCUGAAUCCAGAGAAGAAGCGCUACGCGGUCGGCGAGGUGUUGAGGGCCAACUGCACCAGCACCCCUUCCACGCCACCAGCCAAUGUUACCUGGUGGCUCAACGGUCAGAGGGUAAACGAGUCUUGGGCGAAGGCGUUCACACCAGACAAGAAGGUGAUACCGAACGAGCCCUCCGACUCCAAGUCAGCGCCGCCUCUGCUCAGAGACGAGUCAAAAGCACCGGCUUUUCCUAGGGGCGCUGUCAGGUCGCACCUGGAGGUCGAACUCGGACUGUCGAGCUUCAGGGACGGAAAAUUGCAUCUGAGGUGUGAGGCUAAUUUGUUCGGAGCGGCGAGGGAUGCUGCGGAGGUGCAGUUGGACGAGGAGCGGCCGCGACUGGCUUCGGUUCUCGGAACUCGGGAGAGCCACCCUUCGCCCCCCUCACCCCCUGUUGCAGCUGCUAGUCGAGGUGCAACGUUGCAAAGCUCGGCUCUGACAUUGCUCUUCCUGAUGGCAGGACCCAGGGUGUUGCGUCUCCAGAGCUAGCGGUCUAGCCAGGUACCGUGGACUGACUUUUAAAAACUGAACACAAGGACAGUGAGUGACUGACCGGUGCAUAUUGUUGAGUUGGGUGCGGAAACAAGUGUGCAGCGAAAGACGCUUUGGUUUUCUUCGUCUGAGGCCUCGUAAAUGAAGGAGCUCCGUGUUUUAUCGGUGUGUCUGUCUCUUUGCUGUCUGCGUCACUGAUAAUUAUCAGCAGAGGGAGCAAUGAGCCGGCUAUGUCAGUGAUCCGCCGACCUAACCAUGCAGACACGCAGCUUUUUACGAGUGCCGUAAAAAUUGGUUCCGGAACAAGCUAGACGGCUUUGAUAAAGUGGUUGCACGCGAGAAUGAGGAGUUUGAUGUUUUAUUGAAUGAUUAUGAAAUGAUGAAUGGUGUAUUAUUUGAACACUAGCAAAGGAAACAAAUUUUUCUCAUCACUAUUAACUGGACAAUGAUAUCCAUAAUGUUUCCUUGAUAAAAAAAAAAUAUAAUAGACGAGGUUUAAUUGUUUUUAUCAUAUUCUAACAAUUAAUUUGAUUAUGUUCCAUGAUAUCCAUGAUUUAUUUUUUAUUUUUACUGUUUUUUUCUUUAAUUUAAUUUAGAAAAAACUUGUAUAUUAUUACUAAAUAAUGGUUUAAAUAUUUUCUUCAGUAAGCAAAAGACAAAAAUUGAAUUACAAACUCUUAAAAAAAAAUUUUUGAAAUUAUUUUUUAUCGUUGAUAUAAAAUAUAAAAAUGAUUCCAAAAAUUUGAAACAUAUUUUACCUUUUAUGUAUAACAGGAACUCCUGAUAAACUCUGCUUAUAUUUUAUAAAUUAUAAAUCAAUUUUUUUACAUAAUAAUUAAUUUACAAAACGUUCUGACCAAAGACAGCAAAUAAUAUUUUCGCGAGCCUUAUUAUUAGUUUAUUUUCCAUGAGCGCUUUCUGGAAAAUUAGAUCUUGAGGAAGAUCUGAGGCAUGGAGAAGUAAUUAGAAUAAUUAGUCAUGUUUCCUCAUUCCACGUGCAUCCACAGCGAGUCGAGGGACGAUUGUUGUACGCGAAGUUUCAUUGUUGUUAACUGCAUUAAGAAGUCUGCUCGGGAUUGUGUUUUCAUCCUAGAAUCCAGGAUUAAUGUAAUUACCGCAGCAUCUCUGUGUUGUGAGACGUAAUGUUUAAUGAGCGCGAGCACCAUCCAAACAAAAGAGAGAGACGCGGAUGCACUUUGCAGCCGGAGCUGAAAGGCGCCGUCGGCCUUGCAACAAUAAUUCAACCGAUAAUUGGCUCUUACUCUUUACUUCGGAAACUUAACUACCUUCGUCAGAAGUUGAACAAACGAAAAAACUGGCAGGUGGUGCUGGCGCUGGAAUUAGAACUUAUUAAAGAUACUUCCAGAGAAUUUUGUAAAUAAUGUGAUUUUUGUAUAUCGAGAACCCUGAAUCUUGUAACAUUGUGAACAGUGAGAGGAAAGAAAAGUUAAGAAGACACUCAGGUGCUACCGCGAGAGGAACACGGUGCAAGGGCGGUUUUCAACUCCUAUUGUGACGCAUUCGACCUUUUCAUCGACAACCCUUUUAACCCUCAAACGCGAGUUUCAUUCUACGAGCGACAAAUUUUAUCAUUUUAUCAAUAAAUCGCAUUGUUGAAUCACUGUUUUCAUUUCCCUUUGGUAAAAAGAUCAAAUAAACGUGAUACAAAAUGUAUGAAAAUAAAUUUAUGUGUG